AUGACAUCCUCCAAGGACAUCCAGACCCCAUUCGCCAAGGGCGCAUCUAUUGACAACAAGGACGCUUCAACCGAGAAGACUCCAGUCAACAAUAACCAAACCUCCGAUACCGCCGAUACCAAAUCUGUAAGUUUAAUCUUUUUAAUGAUUUUUAUACGCGAAUACGUUCCCCUAUUUCUUUCCCUUCUGCCUUUUCUCGCUUAUUGUAGCUUGAUCCACUUUUUUUGUGCUCUGCACACUAUCCCUGGUAGGAUAUUGCUGAUGUUAAGGUUUUGCAGACUCCCAGUACAAUGGCACCAACUACAAAACAUCUUUCCUCAUUUAAUAGCAAGAGAAGAUCAGCUACCAGCAGUGAUAAGGAAGAAAAAAGCAACGACUCAUUUAAAACUAUUAAGCGUACCAGAAUUGAGGGCCAGAAGAAGACACCAACCUCCCAUAGACCACCUUCCCGUGGUCAAUCAUCCAGUUCUCGAGGAUUGACCAGACCUGAAGAACAUUUGUUUGAUAUCCCAGGAGGCGCCGUCAUGUUCGGCAAGAGUGCUAAUAAAGAGGACCUCGAGGGAUUUUUAUCAGCUGUAACACCCUCCAAGAAGCUAAUUGACAUCAAGGCUCCUGCUCAAGUUGCCGAAAAUAAGACUUUUAAAUUUUCAUCCCCAGCCGAAACUUCAUCCAGCACUUCUUCUACUCCAAUCCCUGAUGCUGAAGAAGACGAAGAAAAAGUCUUAUCUCCACCUUCAACUUCUCCAGCUCGUCUCACAUCUCUCAACGAGAUCAUGCGCAGAAUUUACAAUGCCAAGCCAGAGGAUACUAACUCGCUUGUUCUAUGCAGAGAUAUGGCGGAGAUCAUGAAUAUUAAGGACUAUAACUUUGCUGUGAUGAGCAAAAGACUAGCCAAGUUGGAAAAGGAUGCAGAGGCAAAUCUGUCAGCCGCUAACGUUACCAAUAGUGUCACAUACAAGGAGCUGCUAGAGAAGUUCAACGCUUCUCAAAAGAGAGCUGCCAUAGCAGAGAAAAAGGUCCUUCAGGGAGAUCCUGCGGACAAUAGAACGAUGAGUCACCUACAACGCCAAAUGAACGAACUUGAAGCAAUCCACAACGAUAAUCUUAAAGCGUAUGAAGACUUGGAGAGGAAGUAUAACCAGACGUGCCAGACGCACAAUGACAAAUGCAAGGAGCCUAAGGAGGAAAUCCAUGGCAGGGAGCAGAGAAUGGAAGGCGAAUUCCAAAGAAGCUGCAAUCUCAUGGAGAACCACUACCGACAAGAAAACCAGCAUUUGAGAUCUGAGAUUAGGAGCUACCAACUCGAAAACCAGCAUUUGCAAUCUGAGCUUGCUCAAGGCAGACAGUGGGCGAACAGUAUCGUCAAAAGCUGCCCACACCCUGUCGACCGACUCAUUGAAGCUGAAAAUGCUCGUGACUGCGCAUUCGCAGAGAGUGAUGAGGUGGUGCAAGCUCGCAAUGAGGCAGUGCGAUCAAGUUUGGACGAAUUACAGGAGAUAGAGCAAGAGAAAGCUAGGAUCCUUAAAGAACAUAACGAGUAUCUCCGGGGAAGAACAAUGGCAGCUGGCUCUGAGGAUGAUGGCGUGCCUUACACUAAGAAGGAUUCUGCCGAAAAGGGCCGUCAUGAUGGCAUGUACAGUGCAAAGCCUCCUCAUCAGAGACAGAAAGUCAGAGCUCAGAGCCCGGUAAGCAGAAACACAUAGUCCUUCUCUUUGUACGAUGACAUUUUGGCUGAUUUUUAACAGCAGGAGAAAAAGUGGUAUCGAGAUAAUGACGCCAACCAUGUAAGUGUUCCUUCGGUACCUAGUAGCUACUUGCGGGACUGACUUUCAUCAUAGCAUUUUAGUAGUCAUACAGACAAUUACAAUGACUCUGACAAUGAUGGUGCAUCAUUCCCACCUGCGGUUCCAGCAGCUGGUUUGGCUGCAAAAUUACAAACUCGAAAAUCCAGAGAUCAGCUGCGGGAAUACCAGCCAAUAAAUAGCAACUUCUCUCAAGGCAUUCAUCGCGGUUUUACUUCCACUCAGGCCGCCGGAAAUUUCAGAACCAUCUUCAAGUGCCCACAAAAUCGUGGGAGCCGUGGUAACAAUUGUAGCCACUGUGGCGAGCAGAUGUUUUUUGAAGGUGAUAAGGAAUUUGUUUCCAAACAGCCUUCCAUCACCCCACAAGAAGAAGAUAAUUUCGACGCUCUCCCGGACUAUGAGUCAGAUGAGCCUGUAUCUCCUCCGCCGGAGCAGCCAAACAGAGGAGGCCGUAGCUACACUGAGGUUGGGGUUCAACCUUAUGCAGCUAUUCCCGAUUCUCCCGUUUCGGACGACACGACCCCCUCACCAGAAGAAGAAUGUUUGCAUCCCAUCAUGUUUGAGAAUAAAUGCGGCGCCUGCGGUGAGUCAAUGAAAGAUGCCAGCAAUGUGUCUCUUCAAGCUGCUCCGGUCGCUAAGAAUAAGCUCGUUGAUCCCUCGACUCGCAGAGGUCAAUCUCUAGCCAAGAAAGCCGCCUGCCAGCAUGUACAUCUGGAUAAUUAUGGUGUAUGUGAAGCUUGUUUACAAUGUCAGCACCUUAAAGUGAACGACGAUAACGGAAAUUGUAAAUUCUGUUGGGCAAACGUGAAUCAUCCAGUUGCUACUCCUGGCGUUGCUGCAUCUCCAGAUUCUUCUACUUCUUCCCCAGCUUCUAGAAAGAGAAGAGAUCGUCCUAGCAUGUAUUUUGCGCCAAAAUCUGAUUCAAAAGCUUGGUCUAGACCUAUCAGAAAGGUCAAGGCCGUGACCAAGAAUUCUCUUGACAUCAUGUUUCCGACAUUGCCAGCUUUUCAACCAGCCCAAGCUAAUCCUUUCUCGUCAUUGGCUACCGCUUUAUCCUCCGGCAACUCUAGAUCCUCAGCAGCUUCCUUCUUUAAGGCUGCUCAUCCCGGCUGGAAGGCCCCGGCCGUUCUUUCAAGUCCCGUUUCUCCUCCGGCGCCAGCUGCGCAUUCUGCUGCUGCCGCCCUUCCUAAGUGUAGCCAGCCAAAAUCCUGUUCUUCUUCUCUAGCUCCAUCAAAUGAAGAAACGUAG